AUUAGCACUAGUAGUUAAGUAAACCAUAGGAUAGAACACUGAACACCCCAAUUGUUACAACUACCCACGUUUUCUGCCUCAGUUAAUAACAGUGACUUUCUUCUGUUCUCCUUUACAAAGAAAAACAUCUCUGCAUUAAAAAUGUCAUAUUUUAGCAAAUUAUUUUUCUGUUUUUCACUCACUUUCUUCACUAUUUUCUUCUUUUCAUCCGCCAAUGCUUUACCAGUUUUGGGUUCAUCUUCUUUUAAAGGGAUGAAAAAAUGGGAAAAUAAUAAUAGAAGAAUUAUAGCGGAAAAAACUGAAGGAAACUCUUCAUUGAUAUUGGCAGCAAAGAACACAUAUAGAAGAGACCCAUUUGAUGAUUUUAAUCGUUACACUGGUGGUUGGAAUAUUACUAAUCGUCAUUAUUGGGCUUCUGUAGCUUUCACAGCAGCCCCGUUCUUCAUCAUUGCUGCAGUUUGGUUUGUGAUUUUCGGGCUUACUUUGAUCUGCGGUUGUCUAUAUUUCUGCUGUUGUAGAAAAGCUCCAUAUGGUUAUUCUCGAGUCUGCUAUGCUCUUUCACUCAUCUUGCUCAUACUUUUCACUGUUGCUGCUAUAAUCGGUUGCAUAUUUCUUUAUGCCGGUCAGGCAAAGUUUCAUGUUAGUACAACAAAAACAUUGCGGUAUGUAGUGGAUCAGGCAGAUUAUACGGUUGAGAACCUUAACAAUGUCUCACGGUAUCUUGAUGAGGCACAAAACAUUGGUGUGGGACAGUUGAGGCUACCUGAAAAUGUCCAGAAUAAGAUCAAUGACGUUCAGACAAAGAUGAAUUCUGCUGCUAAUACACUUGAUGAGAAAUCCCAGGAAAAUUCCAGAAGGAUUCGACGCGCCUUAGAUUUCGUGAGGAUGACGCUGAUUAUCCUUGCAGCAGUAAUGCUCUUCUUGGCAUUUGUCGGAUUUUUGCUGUCGAUUUUUGGAGUACAAUGUCUUGUGUACACAAUGGUCAUCGUGGGUUGGCUUUUGGUGACUUUAACAUUUGUGUUAUGCGGAGUUUUUCUGGUCCUCCAUAAUGUGGUUGCGGACACUUGUAUCUCCAUGAACCAAUGGGUCCAAAACCCUACAGCACAUACAGCCUUGGAUGACAUCUUGCCUUGUGUAGACAAUACAACAGCUCAAGAAACAGUGUUAAGAUCAAAAGAAGUAACUUAUCAACUAGUCGACAUGGUCAAUUUGGUUCUUGCAAAUAUUGCCAACACUAAUGUACCACCAAACACUCCACCGCCAUUGUACUUCAAUCAAUCAGGUCCAUUGGUGCCUAAUCUUUGCAACCCAUUCUACUCAAAUUUUACUGAUCGUAGAUGUGUAUCCGGUGAAGUUGACUUCGACAAUGCAACACAGGUAUGGAAGAGUUAUACGUGUCAGACUAGAAAAGCUAACAGAAACGAGAUAUGUACUACGACAGGACGGCUAACACCCACAUUAUACAACCAAAUGAAUUCUGCUGAGUCAGUGGGAUUUGCUUUGUAUCAUUACACACCAUUUUUGGUAGACCUCCAAGACUGCACUUUUGUGCGAACCACAUUCAAUGACUUCAGUGUGAACUACUGCCCUGGACUGAGAAAAUACACCCAGUGGAUCUAUGUUGGUCUAGUUUUGGUCUCGGCUGCUGUCAUGUUUUCCUUGAUUUUCUGGGUCAUCUAUGCUCGGGAACGAAGGCACCGUGUUUAUACCAAGGAAUAUGAUUUAGCCUAUCACUAAAGCAUGCAUGAAGUACGUGUAUUCUGAUCAGGACAUAAUUCAGUUCAAUGAUGUUCAUUCUUUUGUGUAUACACAACUAUAAAAGUAGUGUGCAAGAUAGUGAUAGUUCUAUGUGCAUUAUUGGCAUUCAUAUAUUGAAUCUAGAUUAAAAUAUAUGUGAACUUGAUGUAAAAAGGUUAAUUAUUUUAUGUAUUACUGUAAUUAGGUACUGUAUGAGGCUGUGCAUUGAGACAAGAAAUGAAUAAAAAUGACA